UUCAUCACUCGAAACCAGAUCAAUUCUGUGUUCGUAAAAACCCACUGAAAGAUUGCCUUACAUGAAGAUCUUAGUGUAAAAUUUAGSAACAAAUGGUACGAUUGAAAGAUUAAUGGAUUGUUCAAUAAGGAAUUUUUUCAAGGGACAAAAAUAGACUGCGUUUAUCGUCGUUAUCCAGAAUUGCAACAGCCAUUGAGUAUUGUGGUGGCAGCCAAACUGAGUAACGUGGUAAAAUCAUGGGGAUUCCCCAUUCUCAUCAUAAAGAAAUAGGAAAACAUCAUCAAAGCUCCAACACUUUGGAUGAAGAGAUUGCAAGUUCCACAGCCAGCUUURGCUCCCUGCAAAAGAAGAAGUCGUUUUUUGGAUCUCUAAGGCACACCAAGAAGAAACACAAGAGUAUAGAGAUACUAAAAGGACAGGAGUCGUUUGGUGAAGAGAUCGACACAUUGAGAUGGCAGGACCAAAAGGAGGGGGAUGCAGAAAGGAUCAACCUGCUCAACUCAGUCAAGGAGGGUCGGAUGAGUAUUGCAGAAGCCAUGAAACAAGCAGAGGAACUUGGAGUUAGCAGCAGUUCAAGUUACAAUGAUGUAGUUGGAGAAGAGACAAUUUUCAACUUUGGAGUUUACAAGUACACAAAGAACAGAGCUUCAUGUUCACGGAGAAUUUUACAGUUUGACUUUCAAGAAAAGGUCUUGUGUACCAUCCAGAAAGGAAGCAGAGGGAAAAAAUUUGAGUUCUCACAAAUUAGAGGCUUUGAUAGUGAAGAUGGUGUUAGGUUUUAUAUAUAUUUUGAAGAUUAUCAUGAUUAUGAGCUGGAUGCAGACACUACUGAGGAAAAGAACAAGAUCUGUACAUUAUUGGAAUCCAUAACACAUCAAAACAAGGGAGAUGAAGCAGACGGUGUAUUUGAGGCUCCUGUUUUUGUUGAUAAGCUAGUCAUCAAGGAAGGACAAGUUGAGAAGAAGGGACACAGUGCAGCAUUUAUGAUGUGGCCCAGACGAUGGCUGCGUGUACAGUCAGGGGAGCUAUCGUACUUCAAGAUAGGUGAAGAAAAUCAGCCUGCYUUGAACAUCAUCAAACUUGGUCCAGGGCAAGCUGAUGUUAAGAAGGUUGAGCACAAUGGUUUCAUCGUCACCACAAGCAAGAAAGAGUAUAGUUUCCGUGUGGUAGCUAAAGAUACUCAUGCUGAGACGAGAGAAAGAGACGAAUGGAUUACGGCAAUCGAAGAAGGGUCUCAGGUUUCAGCUCGUAGAUCACGUAAUUCAUCAAUGCUUCAAGACCAAGUUUUUGCAAGUUCAGUACAAGAACAAGAGCAAUACAUCAAAGAUAUGGUCAAAACGCUGCAAAGAGAGCUAGAGCAGCUAACGUCCGUCUUGACAGUAGUGAAUGCACCAAUACAGGCCACAGUACAGGUAAAAAAAGUCAAAGAAAUAGUUUCAAACAUGGAAACGCAAGCCAAAACUGGUCUACUCUCCUGGACAAUGCGACAGUUGAAAAACCGAUCAGACUCGACUCAAGAUCUCGACAGCCCAAGUCGAACCCCCCCUGGAAGUCUACCUCGUCAAUUAUCGACUAAAAGUAGGACGGGUCAACCCAGUCAGUCAAUCACUCCUAUAGACGAAGGAUACGAGUCAAUCGCUAAACCACCUGCGAGACCUCCAAAAUCACAGUCUGAGGGUAGCCAKUCCUCAUAUCAUGCACCCCCCUCUAAAACACCCCCCAAGGUAUCCGAAAGAACCAGUAGCUUACCUAAAUGCCCUCUGGGUGAUCAAGCGGGCUCCAAUUCGACAUCACAGCGAGAUUACCACGCCGCGACCGCUGCCCAGGUUGCGCCUUAUCAGACCGUCGACAUAGUACCUACGUCCGAGUCCCAGACCCCUAGAAUAUCCGAUUCAAGCCCAGGCUCUCCACCGUUAUAUCAACAACCUAAAUCAAACCGAGGCGUAGACCAAGAUCCGCGUUUAGACUGCUAUGAUAACGUGAAUAUUAAAAAUACCCCUGCAAAUAGCGAAUCGACGUUAGCUGGCGAAAGAAGCACUUCGGAUGCCGUUGACCAGGAUUCAACGCUCGAAGUGGAUGCAGCGAAGUGGCUUCAUAGUGAGAUAGAUGCAGGAGGGAUGGGAUGCCAGAAUAUAGACAAGGCAGUACUAGAGAGGAAAGAGUUGUAUAAGGAAAUCGAAGAGAGUGGAGUAGUGCUGCUGAAGKUGCAGACAACUACUGGGGAUGGAGACGAAGAAGAAAAAACAGCCAUCACCGCACCUCCACCAUCACCCCCUGGGGGAGUUCCACCACCACCUCCUCCCCCACCUGGUAGCGGGGGAGCUCCACCACCACCUCCCCCCAUGGGAGGUGGCAGUUUGGUUCUAGACGCUACACUGCCGUCCAGGAAGGUAGCAAAACCCAAGAAGAAGCUGAGGCCAUUCUUCUGGAACAAAGUACCUUUGCAAAUGGUUACUCAGUCCCUUUGGCUCGGUGCGCAGGACCGAACUAAUAACCUCAAUCUUGAAGCACUAGAGGAGAUGUUUCACUUGGAAGAAAAGGAAAAAUCAUUACCCUCAGUGUCUUCCAAGGCUUCAACAAAGAUGUUGUUAGACCCUAAAAAGGCCCAUAACUUAGGUAUAUUCUUGAGUGGAUUUAAGUUAACUGCCAAGCAAAUAGACGAAAAAUUAGGUGUGUUCAGAGAAGACGAAGGCGCUUUGCCAAUUGAUCACGUGACUUCCCUUAAGAGGUUUCUUCCGACUCCUGACGAACAGGAGAUGUACAAAAAUAUCAAAAAAGAGGAUGUUCCUAACCUUCUGCAGGAAGAUCAAUUCAUGAUCAAGCUUUGCGAGAUACCAGACCUGGACAAGAGGCUAGAUCUUCUGCUGGUCAUUAUGGAGUUCCCGAGUCAGUAUGAAGAACUCGCUCCAGCUGUUACAAAUGUUCUUGAUGCGUGUCAUCAGUUACACAGUAGUCAAAGGUUCCAGAUCAUUCUAGAGUAUGUACUGGCCAUAGGAAACUAUAUCAAUGGUGGUACGAACCGUGGUGGUGCUUAUGGCUUUAGACUUACGGCAUUAACUAAGAUGGCUGAUAUCCGAGGUAAAGAUAAAAAGGACACAUUACUCAAGUACUUGAUACUAGAACUUCAAAGAACGUGCCCCGAUUCUCUGUUGUUCUUGGACGAUCUGAAAACUAUUGCAAAAGCUGCUGAUGCUUCAAUUAAAGGUCUAUCAGCAGAAGUUGAAGUGAUGAGGAAAGACUUGGGCAAAAUUAUGAAACACAGUAAGGAUUUAUUCUUGAAGUACAGACGGAAUGAUCCACAAGAUGUCAAGCUUAUCAAAGAUGUAGAUGAGUUUGCUGCAGAAUAUGAAGAGAAGCUAAACGAUCUCUGUGAAAAAUGUAAAGAGAUGAAGUAUAUUUAUGGCAAACUACUGACAAGAUUUGGUGAGCCGCCAAACACAGAUUCUGAAGAACUAUUUACCGCACUUACAACGUUCCUGACACAAUUCAAAAAGACUCUCAAUGAAGCAGAAAGUGGACCAAGUGCCAAGAAGAGAAUUAAAUUAGAUGGCCUCAAUGAGGCCAUCGCUGCUCGUGUUGCUCGAAUGCCAAAGAAGGAAGCAUCUGCCACCACAGCUGAAGCAAGUAGUGGUGGAACCACAGGCUCUUCAUUUGAUACAGUUGACCACACCAAGUCCUCAUCAAAUGAAGUAGAUGGUCAAGAAAAAGCCUCAAAAAAUGGCUCAAUUAGCACCACAACAGAAGAUGAAAGUCCCAGUGCCYUGCCUGAAUUAAAGCCAGCACAGAUAAACUCUCCAAAGGUUCUACACAAAAAGCUCAGUGUCAAACAGUCUCCAUCACCUGAUCGCAAACCAACCCCUAGACCAACCAAACAAGGCUACCUGGACAAAUUAAGUGGUGGCAAGCACAAAGCACCCAAGUGGGACAAUCGAUACUUUGAACUUGGAGAAGGCGGGCACUUACACUACUAUAAGAAAUCCGAUGGAAAAAUUAUUAAUACAAUUUAUUUGCGCGGGUGUCCUGUGAGUAUAGACAGUCAAGACCCAACUAUUAUUCUUAUUAAAACUGAAGAACGAGACUGGAGUUUGAGAGCUUCUGAUGCAGAGGAAGCCAAGGCAUGGAAAGAAUCAUUUGAAUUUUAUACUAAGAGGACAAGUUCAUCAUAGAACGCCAUAAUAAUGAAUAUACAAUUGGAUAAUAUAUUGUGCAGUCCCAGAAAAUAUCCAUACCCCCACCACAGAGGGAAUUUGUGAAAGGACCCCCCCCCCCCCACCUCUAGGAAAUUCCAAUCCCCUCUGUGGGUGGGGUAGGGAUAUUUUCUGGAACUACGCAUUGUUAAAUUAAUCUAGAUAUAAUGCUGAAGAUACUAUUUUUGGUAGAUGGAUUUAAGGAGUCGAUAAAUAAUAAACCCAACAUACACAGAUUCAAAAUAUGGCAACCAAUUUGAAUGACUAUUGUUCUGGACUGACUAUACCUUGUGUUCACUUGAAAACAUAAAAGCCUGUUCAUGUACRAGAGCCUAGUCAUUCCAGCCAAUAUGGCCAUAUUUUGAAUUGGUUUAUAUAUUGAAAUGAAAUAUGAAACAUUGAUAUGUGGAUAUUUGUGGAGGAUGGACCUGGGGAUUAUUUAUGUCCUUACUCAUACAUGGUUCAAAUGAACAAAAAGGCUCUGGAAAAAUACUUGUCUUUUUUCUAAGUAAUUUUUAUAAAAGAGUUUUCCUCAAUAAAGUGAUUACUGCCAAAAUAAGAAUGUCACAUUUUUCUAUCAAGUUGAAGUUAUGGCUUGAUUGAAACUAUUUUGAAACCAGCUCAUAGUAUGAUCUUCUCUACUCCAUCCCAGAAUAAAUUGCCCUGUAAGCUCAUACAUUUGUAAUUUGCUUAUCAAAGAUUACAGAUUUAGUCUGAUUUUCUGUAAUUUCAAUUUGACAAUAUGCUAAAUUAUGUAUUGAGAAUAAAAUGUUUCGUUUGGCUUGA